CAAUAGUCUCAUUGAGGAGUUAAGGCGAUUUGAUUGAGGAAGAACCAUAAGAUCAAUAUUCUUGUUCGACGUUGAUUGUAGCAAACAUUCUGCAACGAUUGGCUACCAAGUUCAUUUUUUAAGACUGCUUAGACGAGAAACAAAACAUGGAUCUAGUUUAAGUAUCAGUCAAGUUGUGCUGAAAAUGAAGAUACAAGAGGUACGUAAAAGAAAUAAGAAGGAUGAUAAGGACAAUAUUAGUGAGUUUCCCGACCAUGUUCUUCUUCAUAUAAUGAGUUUGAUGGACACAAAAUCUGCUGUUCGAACUUGUGUUUUGUCUAAACGGUGGAAAGACCUUUGCAAACGUCUCACCAAUCUCACAUUCAGUUCCUCAAUUGGAAGUUGUAAACACAGUAUGAUACAAUUUUUGUCUUGGAUUUUGUCUAUUAGAGACCACUCCUAUUCUCUACUCAAUCUUUCUAUCGACAAUCACAAGGCAUAUAUUAAGCCUGAAGUUAUAGAUUGUGUAGUUAAAUAUGCUUUGUUUCACAAUGUUCAGCAAUUGAAAUUGGUUUCAUGCACCGAAACCGAACCAAAUCUUGAGCCUCUAACCUCAAUCUUUUGUUCUCAGUCCUUGAAAUCUCUUGAACUUGCCAUUAUAUUGGACACUUUAGGGUUAAUAUUUCCAAAAUCUCUACACAUGCAUGCAUUAAAAAGUCUAAAUCUUUCAUAUGUCAGAUUUACCACAGGUGAGAAUGGUGAUGUUGAGCCUUUUUCAAACUGUCAUGUGUUAAAUACUUUGGUCCUUAGACAUUGUUCUUUCUAUAAUGAUCAACAAAUCCUCUGCAUAUCUAAUCCCGCCCUGUCUAGUUUGACAAUAUAUGAAGGAAAAGCUUACCAAAUUUCGCUUGCUACUCCAAAUCUCAAUUCUUUUACUCUCAAGGGUUCUAUUAGUCACCAACUCUUCUCCACAUGCAAUCUUUCUUUUCUUAGAGAAGUGAAUAUUUUUAUUUAUGGAGAUGGAAGUAGUUGGAAUGGGAAAAGUUCAAUCAUCAUAAAAUGGUUGCAAGUGCUCGCCAAUGUAAAGAUAUUGACAUUCACUCUACGUGCCUUUCGAGUAAUACUACAAGAUCUCUCAAAUCCCAGUUCAACACAACCUCCAUGCUUUGUUAGAUUGGAGUCAUUGAAAGUGAAAAAGCAAUUAUUUACAAGCAUGCCAGAUGAGGACGUUAACAAAGUAGUGGAGUACUUGCUUCAAAACACUCCAAUGGCCAAAGUUGAUGUCAUAACAAAUGCUUAAAUGAUAUUCAUGCAUAAUUAGUAGAGAAUUUUACAUAAUAUCAAAUUCUAGUUUAUUUUAUGCUUAUUUCUCUCCUUUUCCUCAAUACUAUUGUUAUUUUACAGCA